UUAACCUAUAUUGUUCAGUUACCCAAAUUUGCACACCCAUACAUUAGCAAACCUUAUCAUCUCUCAAAGUACCUUUCCACUGCAGAGUCAACGACCAUGGCCGACGCUCUCAUCUCCAGUGUUGUGGAAGAGCUGAUCAACAUCCUGAAGCACCAAGCCCAGGAACUAAAACGAACUCUGGGUGUGGAGAAGGAGAUCACAAACCUCUCAUCAAAGCUCAAGAAAAUCAUGGAGGUAUUGGAUGAUGCAGAAAAGAGAAGCUUUAAGGAAAACAACAUCAAGCACUGGAUCGAAGAUAUCAAAGACUUCUCGUACGAAGUGGAUGAUGUUCUGGACGAGUGGAGAACCACAACUCUGAGACAACAGAUCGAGGGUAGAAAGGUAAGUCUCAGUUCUUUCCUGCCUUCGCGUUUCCAUUACAAAAGGUUUGCUAUGCAUCGAGACAUCGCCAAGAAAAUAAAGGAGCUUGAUUCAACACUUGAUCGGAUUACGAAAGAGAAAGAUCAGUUCAAAUUUGAUUAUGCAUCUAUAACACACACUUCUGCAGCAUCACACUCUGAUCAAGAAUUGAUGCGAGUCACCACUGCGUUUGAUGUGGAUGCGUCUGAGAUUCAAGGUAGGAAAUCUGAUGCCAGUGCUUUAAUAAGCAAGUUACUGGAGAAUUCUGGAGAAGACGAAGCAAGAAAUGGCCCCCCUGUGAUUUCCAUAGUGGGCACGGGAGGGAUAGGGAAAACUACCCUUGCUCAACUAGUCUUUGGGGAUGAAAAGAUCAAGACUCAGUUUGAUGAAAGGGUGUGGAUUUGUGUUUCGGACCCCUUUGACCAGAUCAAGAUUGCAAAAGCCAUUGUUGAGUCAAUCACUAAAAGCUCCACAGAUCUGUCUCAACUGCAACUGUUACUGGAAAAAAUCCAAAGCAUUUUGUCUGGGAAAAGGUUCCUACUUGUGAUGGAUGAUGUGUGGACAGAGCAGGAUGAAAAGUGGAAUCCAUUGAAGAAUUCUCUCAAGGAUGGACUCCCCGGGAGUAGAAUCUUGGUGACCUCUAGGAGUGAGAGGGUUGCUACAAUGAUGGGAAGUGUGUAUGUGCAUCAGUUGGAUCUAAUAUCUGAUGAGGAAGCUUGGUUGUUGCUUAGCAGGAAAGCAUUUCCUGGGAGAAGGGAAGAGGAUUGUGAGAAACUGAAAGAUAUUGGUCAGAAAAUUGCUCAAAAGUGCAAAGGACUGCCACUUGCUGCUAGGGUCAUGGGAAGCCUGCUACGUUUCAAAUACACUGAAGACGAUUGGCAAAAUGUUUUAGACAAUAAAAUUUGGGAGUUGGAUGAAGUGGUAACAGACCUCUUCCCUCAUUUGUAUCUAAGCUACAAUGAUUUGACCCCAAAGAUGAAGCAAUGUUUCUCAUACUGUGCUGUCUUUCCCAAAGAUUAUGAAAUAAAGGUAGAUAAGCUCAUCAGAAUUUGGAUGGCACAAGGUUAUGUGACGAUGGAAUCAAAAGGCAGGGAGUUAUUUGGGGGUUUAGCAAUGCGCUCUUUCUUCCAAGAUUUUGAGAAAGAUGACAUGGAUUCCAACAUUAUCAUAUCUUGCAAAAUGCAUGAUAUAGUGCAUGAUUUUGCCCAGUUUCUUACCAAAAAUGAAUUCUACAAUAUUGACCAGCACGAGGAUGAUGUCAGAAUUAAAAAUCUACGUCAUUUGUCAUGGCAGAACACUGGUAGGAAUAUGAAUCUCACUGCUUCCGUUCGUGAUGUUGGAAAACUUCGCAGCUUUUUUGGUGAACGCCUUUCUCCUGAAGAACUUAUUCCUGAUUUGUUCAAUGGUUUGAAAUCUGUGAGACUAUUAGGAUUGCGUGGCUGUAAGUUGCGAGAACUCCCAAAGGAGAUAGGAAAUUUGCUUCAUCUAAGGUACAUUAAUUUAAGUUGGAGCAAUGUAGAGAAAUUGCCUGAUACAGUUUGUUCUUUGGAGAACCUACAAACUUUAGAUCUUGAAGGAUGUGAUCGAUUUUCUAGACUACCUGAUAAGAUUGGAGAUUUGAGUCAGCUAAGGUACAUUAAUUUAAGUUAUUGUGAACAAGUGGAGGAGUUACCCGAUGCAAUUUGCUCUUUGUAUAACUUGCAAACUUUAGAUCUUGGGGGAUGUGAAGGUCUUUCCAGACUACCCAAAGGGAUUGGCAAUUUAAUAAACUUGAGACACCUUAACAUCAGAGACACCUAUAGGCUGGAGAUGAUGCCCCUAGAUAUUGCAAAGCUAACUCAGCUUUGUAGUUUAGGUGAGUUUAAGGUGGGGAAAGAGAAAGAGUCAAGUACGUUGGGAUACAUGGAGAAGCUGAACCAACUCAAAGGGAAGCUGUCAAUAUUUUUUUUGUGCGAUCUGAAUAACACAUCAGAUGUGGAGGAAGCAGAGAAAGCAGAAUUGAGAAUGAAGAAGCACAUCAAAGGAUUGAGUUUCCAUUUCAGGGAGGGAGUCGAUGUGGGAAUAGAUGUGAUGGAAGCUCUGAAACCACCUCCGGAACUGCAAACCUUGCAACUUUAUGAGUACAGAGGAACCCACUUCCCUUCCUGGAUUACACUGUCCCUUCAUAAUCUACGGAUUCUUAACAUCGAUGGGUGCGUAAAUUGUUCAUCUUUGCCUCCAUUAGGCAAACUGCCUUCUCUGGAGACUCUUGAGAUAUACAAGAUGAAAGAGCUAAGAUAUGUAGGGAGUGAGUUUUUGGGAGUAGCAGAAGUAGGUGCUGUUGCUUUUCCAAAGCUGAAGCAACUGGAGUUCCAUCAUUGUCCAGAGUGGGAGGAGUGGGAAGACUUCAAAGAAGAAGCAACAAUAAUAAUAAUGCCAUGCAUCAAGGAGCUGGUUCUAGAAGAUUGCGGAAAACUUAAGACAGUGCCACAAUACCUCUUAAGUAGGCUGGAGUAUUUGAUGAUUAACAACUGUCCGGUAGUCACUGUGGGAGUAGAUGCUCUGAAACCACCUCUGGAACUGCAAACCUUGGAACUUAAAUGCUACAGAGGAACCCACUUCCCUUCCUGGAUUACACUAUCCCUUGAUAAUCUACGGAUUCUUGUAAUCGGUGAGUACUUAAAUUGUUCAUCUUUGCCUCCAUUAGGCAAACUCCCUUCUCUGGAGACUCUUUUCAUAGACAACAUGGAAGAGCUAAGAUAUGUAGGGAGUGAGUUUUUGGGAGUAGCAGAAGUAGGUGCUGUUGCUUUUCCAAAGCUGAAGAAAUUGCGCUUCUUCAUGUGUACAGAGUGGGAGGAGUGGGAAGACUUCAAAGAAGAAGCAACAAUAGUAAUAAUGCCAUGCAUCAGGGAGUUGCAACUAAUAUUUUGCGAAAAACUUAAGACAGUGCCACAUCACCUCUUAAGUAGGCUGGAGUCUUUGAUUAUCGACAUCUGUCCGAAUUUGAAGGUGAAUAGAUCGAGUUAAAUAUGUGGACUCUAGAGACUCUUGUAACCAUAUCUCAUGUUUACUAAGUUAAUAGUCCAAUCAACUUCAUCAUUUGAACAAAAAAUAUCUCUUUUACACUUUGAAUCUCUACUAUUUUGUAUAACUAUUCGGUUUGAUGUGAAUGUGUGAAGUAAAUAUAUCUUGAGUUUUUGUUAUACCUAUUUAUAAUUAUCAAAGUGUACGUGUUUUAAUAAUUUUUCUAUAAUAUAAAUGAGUUAAUAAUUUGCAAGUUGUGUAUAUUUACAAAGCUAGGUUUUGAGGAGUUGUUAUGAUAUAAUUUCUGACUAUUGACUUGA